GACAUGGGCAGCCGCACCAGGGCGCGCCGGGCGGCCGUGGCGCUGGGCGUCACUGGGCUGCUGUGCGCGAUGCUGGGCGCCGUCAUGAUCGUGGUGGUGCCUUCGUUCAUCCAGCAGCAGGUCCUCAAGAAUGUGCGCAUUGACCCCAAUAGCCUGUCCUUCAACAUGUGGAAAGAGAUUCCCGUCCCAUUCUACUUGUCUGUCCACUUCUUCCACGUGGUCAACCCCGAAGAGAUCCUGAAGGGCGGAAAGCCACAGGUGCAGGAGCGCGGGCCCUAUGUGUACAGGGAGUUCAGACAUAAGAGUAACAUCACUUUCAACGACAACGACACCGUGUCCUUCCUUGAGUACCGCAGCUUCCGGUUCCAGCCAGCCAGGUCCCGCGGCUCGGAGAGCGACUACAUCGUCAUGCCCAACAUCCUGGUCCUGGGUGCGGCCAUGAUGAUGGAGAACAAGCCCAUGAGCCUGAAGAUGCUCAUGACCUUGGCGUUCAGCACCCUCGGCGAGCGCGCCUUCAUGAACCGCACCGUUGGCGAGAUCAUGUGGGGUUACGAUGACCCCCUCGUGAACCUCAUCAAUAAAUACUUCCCAAGCAUGUUCCCCUUCAAGGGCAAGUUCGGGUUGUUCGCUGAGCUCAACAACUCCGACUCCGGGCUCUUCACCGUGUUCACAGGCGUCAAAAACUUCAGCAGGAUCCACCUGGUGGACAAGUGGAACGGGCUCAGUAAGGUCAGCUUCUGGCAUUCCGACCAGUGCAACAUGAUUAACGGAACUUCCGGACAGAUGUGGGCGCCGUUCAUGAGUCCCGAAUCCUCGCUGGAGUUCUACAGUCCUGAGGCCUGCCGGUCCAUGAAGCUGGUCUACAAGGAGGCAGGGGUGUUCAGAGGCAUCCCCACCUACCGCUUUGUGGCCCCCCCAACCUUGUUUGCCAACGGGUCCGUCUACCCCCCCAACGAGGGUUUCUGCCCGUGCCUGGAGUCUGGGAUCCAGAAUGUAAGCACCUGCCGCUUCGGUGCACCCCUGUUUCUCUCCCAUCCUCACUUCUACAACGCAGACCUGGUCUUGGCUGAGGCGGUGCUUGGCCUCCACCCGAACCAACAAGAGCAUUCCUUGUUCCUGGACGUGCACCCGGUCACUGGGAUCCCCAUGAACUGCUCUGUGAAGCUGCAGCUGAGCCUGUACAUUAAGGCCAUCAAGGGCAUUGGACAAACGGGGAACAUCAAUCCUGUGGUCCUGCCCCUGCUGUGGUUUGAAGAGAGUGGCGCGAUGGAGGGCGACACCCUGACAGCGUUCUACACGCAGCUCGUGCUGCUUCCCGAGGUGCUGCACUACGCCCAGUACGUGCUGCUCGCCCUGGGCUGCGGCCUGCUGCUCAUCCCCGUUGUCUACCAGAUCCGGAGCCAGGAGAAGUGCAAUCUGUUGUGGAGUAGUAGUAAAAAGAGCUCAAAGGAUACGGAGGCCAUUCAGGCCUAUUCGGAAUCCUUGAUGACCUCACCUCCCAAGGGCACGGUGCUGCAGGAAGCAAAGCUGUAG